AUGCCGCCAAAUCCGGAGCACACGCGGCAGCCAUGUGAGCCUGCGCCCAAACCUGUUCGCCCUAUGCUACCUUCGCCCCUCCUUGCGGACGCCGAGCCCAUCUUCUCACCGCGAAAGCAGUCGUUGAGCUCGGAUGACUUUGACGCAAUACUCCAGAGGCGGGACGCCGAGUUCCAAGAGCAACUGCGCUCGCAGCUGGAGGAAUGGAUGGGCAAGCUGCGCGACAUGAUGGAAUCAAGUCCAAUGGCCGUGUCUGCGCAGAAGAGCGCACCAAAGUGCGGCGGGAGCCCGAAGCAGAUCGCCGGAACUUCCUCCAAGAAGGUCGCUGUGACCGUGCGCGUCAGGACGGCAGAGCUUCCACAAGGAAGGGCUUCUGUUUCGACGCACCUGGACAACUUGGCGAGCAGCCAGUCGACCCAGCAGAUGGCGAUGCUGCACAAUGCUUCCUUCGUGAGCCACGCGACGCAGGAGUCGAAGAAGUUCUUUAAAGCGACCUGCCACUGCAAUCCACGGAGGAAGCCCGAGGAGAGCUAUCCCGGAUGCUUCCGCCGCUUCCUGCAGGAGUUUGUGAGCUCUGGCUGGUUUGAGGCGUUCUUUGCUGUCGUCAUCUUGACCAACUCUGUCUUCAUUGCGGUGCAAGUGGAAGCCGCGGCACAGAAUCCAGGAGUGGACAGCGUUGGCGGAUUUUUCGUCAUCGCUUCUAUCUAUACCUUUCUCUUUACCUUCGAGCUUCUGUUGCGAAUUCUGGCGUUCGGUUUCGGCAUUUUCUGUGGCGAGGACUGGAUGUGGAUGUUACUGGACCUUCUCGUUGUGUCGACGAGCCUGUUCGAAUUCAUCCUUGAGGUGAUGGUGCAAAACGAGACGGCGGCGGCAGACGGAGAGAACACUAACGUGUUCACGAACAUGCGCUUACUUCGAAUCCUACGCGUCGCGAAGAUCACGCGAGCCUUUCGCAUCGUUCGGCUCGUGCGCUUCAUCCGAUCCUUGAGGACACUUCUACUUUGUAUUGGGCGAACUCUUCGGGCCAUGGCAUGGUCUGCUGUUCUUCUGCUCUUGAUCAUCUUCUUGUUCGGCCUGAUCUUCACGGACAUUUGCACCGAGGCGCUGAACACAGAGCCGAGUGAGCUUCACCCGGACACGGAGAUCUUUCUCACGAAGCGCUGCAGCUCUUUAGAGGAGUCGAUGCAUACCUUGUUUGGCUCCAUCACCGGCGGUUUCACAUGGAUGGAGGCGCGUGACGCCUUUGCGGAGAUCUCGUGGCUAUUCGGUUGGCUUUUCGAAGUGUACAUUGCAUUCUGCAACUUCGCUGUGCUUAAUGUCAUGACUGGUGUGUUUUGUCAGUCAGCAAUCGAGUCUGCGGAAAAGGACCACGAGUUGAACCUGCAAAACGUUUCGGCAGAGAAGGAGAAAUACUUCCGUGCUGUCCGGCGGCUUUUCACCACCCUCGAUCAGAACUCCGAUGGAGGCAUCACUAAGAAUGAGUUUGAGCAAGCCUGGGACAAUCCUGUGUUGCAAACGGUCUUCGACGCGCUGGAGAUCAGUGCCUUGAACACGAGAACCUUGAAAGGCGCCUCAGAUGCCUGGCAGCUCUUUACCGAACUCGACUCGGAUGGAAGCGGGGAGGUCGAUGUAGACGAGUUCUUGGAAGGAUGCAUGAUGCUGAAGGGCCCCGCAAGGUCCAUUGACGUGGUCAGAAUCAAGAAGGACCUUCUCCGGUUGAGACAAAAAUUGGAUUACCUGUGA